AUGACCGCCGAAGUUCCCAACUCGCUGAACUGGGUCUCCUUCAUCACGGGGAUCCUCUCCUUCGGUCUGACAGUCCUCAACUUGAUCGCCUUAUACGCCAACUUUGUCACCACCAUCCGCUCCGCUCCCACCGACAUCCGAGACUCAUUGGGAAACCUCCGACAGCAGCUAUGUGAGGAGCGCGAGGCCCUGCGCCACCAGACCAAGGAGAUCCGCGCCCAUGGCAAACUCCGCCACCGCAUCGUAAACAUCGGCGGAAAGCUCGCCAACCGCGAGGCCCGCAGAGCGCUUUCCUACGCCGAGCAGACGCUGCCCCUUCACUACAUCACUCUGCGCGACCUCUGGCGCACCUUCAAGGACAUUGAGCGGCCGUUCCUCGUUGCCAGCGGGCACCGCGCCGAGGCCAUCCACAACGGCGCGGCCUGGGUCGAGGGCGACCUCGACGAGAAGGUCCGCACUGACUUUGAGAGGCACGGCGAGUCGGGCAGCUUUGCGGACUGGAGUGCGCUGUACAAGUGCGACUUUGCGCACCGGUUCAUCUGGUGGCAGGUCAAGGACGACGUGAGGAGGCUGUCGGAUGAGGUCGGGCGGAUCAUGGCGCGGCGGACAGAGCGGGAGGUCACUUAUAUCCGGAUUAUGGUCAAGCAAAUAUUCCAGAGUGACGGGCCUCCCCAGAUUAUCGACGUGCAUCCGCGGCGUCCUCCAGGAGGCGGCGGUGGAGGCGGGGCGGCCAGGAGACGGACGAGCUGGGCCCAGGGGCCUGUCCGAAGGAGCCCUGCCCCGGUGAGGAGUCCGGUUUCUGCGAGGAAAAGCCCCGUCCCCAUGCAAAGUCCACAUUGCGACUGGUGCGCAAGGCACGCAGAGGAGGGCUCGUCUUCCAGCGAGAGCAGCGAUACCGACAACCGAAAGCGCCGCAGGGCCAUGGACGUGCCCAGACGGAGGGAUGGCAGUCCCGGUGAGAGCCAGCACGGCCGUCCGAGGAGCGACGCCGCCACCGUGGGAAAGCAACAGCACCGCCCCCGGCCUCAGCAGCAGACUUCUAGGAACAGGUGGGAGCAGUUCCGGAGCAGGCCCGCGAGACAGUACGACAUCAGAGAGUAUUUCGAGGGUCGGGGUCAGGAUCAUUCGAGGAUCGUGGAAGUGAUUCCGGGGAGUGAGAUUGACUACUUCUCCCCUCAUACGCAGCGUGAGGGCGGGGGGGUUUGA